GAGAUAGUGAGAAAGAGAGGAAGGAAAUUGUGAUGAAUUGUGGAAUAGUGAGUGGUUUCUAUUGCUGGGGCUGGGAGUUCCUAACGGCGCUUCUUCUCUUCUCCGGCGUCGCCGCUAUCUGACUUAUUUCAAUUCUGUCUUUAGAAAAAAUCCUUAGAUAGAUAGAUAUAAUAUAUAUAUAUAUAUAUAUAUAUAUAUAUAUAUAUAUAUAGAUGUGUGAGAGCGAGAGGGUGUUGGUGGAGUACGUGAGGAAGGCGUCGCCGCCGCCGUUCUUGUUGAAGACAUAUAUGAUGGUGGAGGAUCGGGCGAGCGACGCGGUGAUAUCUUGGAACGACGAUGGCACGGCGUUUGUGGUGUGGCAGCCGGCGGAGUUCGCCAGAGACUUGCUGCCUACGCUCUUUAAGCACAGCAAUUUUUCCAGCUUUGUCCGACAACUCAAUACUUAUGGAUUCCACAAAGUUGCGACGAACCGAUGGGAGUUCAGCAACGAGAGGUUCCGAAAGGGCGAGAGGGACCAGCUCUGUGAGAUACGGCGUCGGAAGGCACCAUCCAGUGUGAGUAAGCAACAACCAAAUGCACAAGCAGCAACAAGUGAUCAUUCGGACAAUGAACAGCAACGGUCGCUGUCAACAUCAUCGUCCGAAAUCACGAGCCUUGUCGACGAGAACAGGCGGCUGAAGCGGGAAAACGACGCUCUGAGCUCGGAGCUCGCGGUGGUGAAGAGGAAAUGUCAGAAACUAGUUGAUAUGGUAGCUGUAGAGAGAGAGAAACGGCCGACUGAAGACGGCGGCCGCGGUUUGAAACUGUUUGGAGUGAGAAUGGAAGUUGGGAGGGAGAGAGAUCUAGAGGACAUGAAAAGGGUGCUUGUCUCUCAGUCUUGCAAAAUAAUAUAAUUUCUCAAUCAUUUGAUCAUUUUUCUCUAACUGUUUAUUGCCCUGAGAUCAUGAUCAAUGACUUUGUUUCCUUUUUUUUGUUAGUUGUUGCCUGGAGAUUAUGAUUUUAAAAUGUGAGAUGAGAUUUUGAAAUUUGAAACUAUUGGGAUAAUCCUGCAAGUCAAUGAAGAUAUCAAAAUUUUAUA